AUGCCUGUACCGCCCGCCCCCUUGGGGGGCGGGGGUGGAAGCGAGGGUGCCACUGCUGUCCCAGGGUGCAGGCUCGCUCUCCCCCAAACUCAGCCGCGGCCGGAGCCCGGGACGGACACCGCAGCCCUUCGACCCCGUAGCCCCCUGAGCUCCCGGACGCGCCCUCGCGGCCCCCUGUCCCCGAAAGCCGCACCCCGGGGCCCCCAAGGAGCCGCGCCACCCGACCCGGCCCGGCCGCCGCGCUCCGCCCUUAGGCCACAGGCCGCCUCCGCCGCUCCGGGCGCUCCCGGGCACACACCGCGCUCCUAG